GUGCCAAUUUCACUGCAAUUUUGGGGCCAAUUGUGGGGCGAAUUGGGAAGUCGUAUUUUUGUCAGUCGUCGAUAAAUUCUGUGAGUGUCAACAAGUGAAUUAAUUGUUGCCGAGGGCAAACCGAUACAAAUUAUAUUUGUAAUAUAUGUGAAAAAUACAAAAAUUUGUCAAUUGUGAAGCGAUACUAAAAAUUACGAUCGUUAACACCGAAUACGUCGCUUACAUAAAAACGUCAAUGCACUUUUUGAAGUUUUCAAGAAGAUUUAGCAAGUUGCGGCAAUUUUCUGCUCUGCGCUGUUGAUAUAUGAACAAGUGACCUUCCCCUUACAUUAAUCGUCUUAAUUGAUCAAUAAAAGCUGUGAACGUAGUGCGGCAUUUUCAAUAAAAAAAAAAUUCAAAAGCAAAAACUAACAUCAGGAAAAAAGAAUAUUUGUGAUUUUUUGGCACGCAACAACGUUGACACCGGCAGCAGAUUUUGUGAAGCAAGAAUUUAUACUCGAAUUGUUGGGUGAAAAACGACAGCAGUAUACUGUAAAAAUUUAAAUAUACUGUGAAUGCGAACGGCGUGAAAAGCAAAAGCAUUAAGAAAAUUUCGGUAGUGUUGUUGUACUAUUAUACCCCUUUGGUCAUCUGGCCCAAUUGCGGCCGCAACCAUCGGCCAACGGCGUCUUACUUUGCCAAAGAGUUUGAUGAACAGUAGCAUAUGUUCUUGCGUGGCGUAGAAAAACCAACGAAUACGUGCUUUGUGACUCGCAUUGAUUAUAUGGUCACGGUUUUUGUGACGGGAAGUGCGAACCCUAAAAAUAAACACAUACGCGAAAAAGUGUUAUCUACGAGUGAAAAUAAAUUUUACUAUUGAAUUAAUAGAUUCUUUUGCUCUCUUCUAAAAUCAUUAAUUAGAAUUUGAUUUGAGAAAUAUCAAUUAAGGACAACCGCAAUUGAUUGUGAAGUGUUUGUAAGAUAUCAAUUUCUUACCUACGUGAAUAAUUUAACACAGUUUCGCGUCAUACACCGAAAACCAUAUAAUUUACUAUAAAAAAGCGUUAAUGAAAAACCACUGAGUUAAAAAUAAACUGCUAGACUUUGCUUUGCUACUUUGGCCAAGCACCGGCACUCGUGUAGUCUGAAAGUUUCGCGACUCACACGGUUGAGCUAUUUUUAAUUCUCUAAGCAACUCCAGUGUCAACAUCGUGUCAUUUGUUAUGCAAAGUGCUGUAGGGCAAAGCAAAUUUCUGUAGUAUAUUCGUUUCCGACUAGUCAAAACAAUCGAGAUUACUAUCAGUAUAAAAAGUAAACAAAGCAUUCGGGUACAAAUUAAGCUGAUCCAAACAGUUCACCUCAAAUAUUACAUUACGCAAACAUACAACAACAACUAAAACAAAAAGCACAUCAAUUCCUUACAAUAAACCUGUAAAGUUCUUUUUCGCCCUAUGGAUGACGAGUUGGAAGAUAAAGUUUUCUAUCAAGCCUACGUUUCCCACAUGAAGAUCCUAUCAAAAUUCGCUGUGGGCUUUUCGUCCAUCAAUUCGCCCUUAGCUUACAUAUGGAAACUAUGUCGUCUUUAUGUGCUACGUCCCGAAGUCAUAUUUUUCGGUGUGAUUCUAUUCAUUUUCUUAAUUUACUUACAAGCUGUAGAUGCCUGGAGUCGUGGUAUAUUGGGACGCUUGCAGACGACAUUUGGCCGUCAGAGAGCAAAUCGCAUGAAAAUGACGAGUGAGGUGAGCGGCCAUGGCGACUAUGAGUGUUGGGAGGAGGUGCGUCAACAGAGCGCCGUAUAUGCAUUGCUGGGACGGCGGCCACGCAUGGAAGACAGAUACAUCAUCGAAGAGAAUAUCAAUAAUAAUACAGGAAUCUCAUUUUUUGCCAUCUUCGAUGGGCAUGGCGGUGAAUUUGCUGUGGAUUUCGCCAAAGAUAUUUUAGUGAAAAAUAUUUAUAAUAAAAUUAUCGCAACAACAAAGCUACUCGGCAAUCAGCAACACCUGCCUUCCAACAACAAUGCUGCACUCGAUGCUGAUUACGCAGAAUAUGACGCGAGUCCAUAUCUGAGGAGGAAGGCGAGCCGCAAAGAUGAUAGUAAUAAGGAGAAUAACGAACCGUCAGUACGACGUCGUGACAGUCUGCGCAAGGCACACAGCACCGCAGAUGAUUGCAAGGCAUCGUCGGUUGGUAAACAACAAAAGGAUACUGAUGUAUUCACCUCCAAAUUGAACUCUUUAAUGCGCGGUGGCAAUGCUGCUAAGGAAGCUCUAUUCGGCGGCGGCGGUAAGGAGAGUGGCAAGGAAGAUGGCAAAUGGAGUGGGCCACCACAAAAUUUCGACGCCAAAUGUUACAUUGAAAAUGGUAAAAUUAAUUUUGGCAAAUUGAUCACAGACGAAGUAUUAGCUGCGGAUUAUAAAUUGGUAGAGGCGGCCAAAAAGACGACCAACAUCGCCGGCACCACAGCACUGAUCGCCGUGAUAGAAGGCAGCAAACUGACUGUAGCGAAUGUGGGUGAUUCUCGUGGCGUUAUGUGCGACUCUCGUGGCAUAGCGAUACCGCUGUCAUUCGAUCACAAACCGCAACAAGUGCGUGAACGCAAGCGCAUACAUGACGCUGGCGGAUUUAUCGCCUUUCGCGGCGUCUGGCGUGUGGCCGGUAUAUUGGCUACGUCUCGUGCUCUGGGCGAUUAUCCACUGAAAGACAAGAAUCUAGUCAUAGCAAAUCCCGAUAUAUUAACCUUCGACUUAAACGAUCACAAGCCCACAUUUCUGAUAUUCGCCACAGAUGGACUGUGGGACACCUUCAAUAAUGAAGAGGCUUGCACUUUUAUCAAAAAGCAUUUGCAUGAAGCUGACUUUGGCGCCAAAGCGUUAACCAUGGAAUCGUAUCAGCGUGGCUCAGUAGACAAUAUCACUGUCCUGUUGGUAGUUUUCCGCAAUGGCACUUAUCGCAUCAACUCGGCCACGACAACAACGGGCACGUCAUCAGCGUCAAAGGCUAAUGCAGCUGUGGCCGCAGCAGCAGGCAAUCAAUUUCCCGUGAGCAAUAGUGCAGCGAAAUUUCCCGUGACGAAUUUAAGUCGCUCGAAUAGUGGCGUCAACGCGAAAUAAAAUGGGCAGCUAUAGUAUGUACCUAUGUAUUAUAAUGCAGCGUCAUCAAAAAAGAAUAAUAAAAGAUUGUUGAAUACAGCUCGCCAAGUGAAAAAAAGGAGGAGAAAUAUGUAUUUAAAACUAUUUAUACAUAUAUAUAUGCCCUGUUAUAAACUAAACAAUUCAUUCUAAAUGAGGGCAAGUUUUUUGUGGAGUGCGCACUGCUGU